GUAAACAUCGCAUUGUGAUCGCAUAUCACGUGACGUUCAGGUAAACUUGCUCUUAUCAUUGCUGUUUGCAUUCAAUAUUUGUCGGCGGCCUGGUAAAGACAGCAUUGUGUAGUUGAUUAAGGACUGGGUGUGCGCAGAUGAUGAAUUCCGCUCAAAAGGCCAUAUAAUCGGAGUCUAUGUUGACAAGAGGAAUGUAACAUAUCAAGGAAUGUAUGUUGUGUUUAUGCUUGUCCAUUAACAAAGUCACCAGUACAUGCUAGUGGUGCAGUAUGGCCGCUAACACACACCUGUUCGGCGACAAGGAGACCAAUAAUUGGUUCAAAGCGUGCAUAGGACUCAAUGUUACGAAGGAAGGACUCACUAACUUUCUUUGCGCAGAAUUACAGAAAGUACACAUCGUUGUUGGUAACAGUUGUGGAAACUGCCCAAUUGAAAACCUCAUACAAUGUCCGACAAACCCAUAUUGUAACAUCAGGAAACGGAAUUAUUGUCCUUUUCACAAAUCACAGAAACCGCAGCCAUGCCCAAUAUGUGAUAAUGUAAAACAUAAUAUCAUAUUACACCACAGAUAUGGUAGACCUUCCUGGAGGAACACUCGUGCGGAAAAGUGGGCACUAAAUUAUUGGGAAAUAGGCAAAUGCUACCUCCCUCCGGACGGAUAUAGCAGCAUUUCCUCGGUCCAGGAAUCGGACUUUAAUGGUGUGAUAAGCAUCAUGUUGAAUUGCCUUCAUUUCCAGACAUGCCUCUCCCCCUUAUGUUUAUCACCUCCACCGCCGGAUAAGCAAUGUCCACUAGAAAAGGUCCGUCAGAUUGGCCGAGAUGUGCGACACACAUCCGACUGCAAGGUUACAGAUGCUGACUUGCAGGACUAUUUCAAGAAACUGUCCACGCUCCUGGCUGACCCACCAUGCUUACAACAGGAUCCUUCAGCCAUCAUAGCAUGUAAAAGACUUAGUGAUUUGCAGAAUGAUCCUGUGUCCUUUGAAGAACUGGGCAAGCUGUUGAAAGAUGCAAAAAAGGCCGGCGAAUGUUUUUCUGAGAAGGCAGAAAGGACCUUGGCAGAAGCUCUGCAGACAUUGGAUGUUACUACUCUGUUUGGGGAGCAACGACUUAAAAAGAAGACAGAGGUUGGAAAACAACGCCUUCAAAGCAAGACCAAACUUGGAGAACACCGCCUUGAACGAAAGACAACAUUUUGUGAACAACGCCUUCAAAGCAAGACAAAAUAUGGCGAACAAUGCCUUGAAAACAAGGCUUUCUUUGGGGAACAACGCCUUCAAAGAAAAACACAGCAUGGAGAAGAACGAAUUAAAAGCAAGGCACAGUAUGGAGAACAACGCAUUGAAAUAAGGAUUAACAAGGCAGUGCAAUGUCUUGAUAGCAAUGUAAAUGAUGGAACACAACGCAUCGAAAUCAGUGUACAGCAUGGCAUUGAGAGCAUUGAGCGCAUUGCAAGAGGCAGCAAACAAAACUGCACCAGCAGACUACGAACGAGAGGUAGCAGAUUUUCGCCGUCGUUUGGUGAAACAUUACAAUGACACUUCGAGCAAUGUGCCUCUUUCAGUACUGGAUCAGAGUCUUGAUAAACGUAUAACCGAUAUAUAUGCAACGCCAAAAAUGCACCGUAUUGAUAUAGCAAGUGAUGGGAAACGUGUUAAAAAGGAGCAAGUACUGACAUACAAGGAACUCUUUUACAAAGACGACACAAAGUCAAAUCGACGUGUAUACGUACAAGGCGAGCCCGGCAGCGGCAAGUCAACGUUUGCAGCCAAGUUAGUUCAUGAUUGGUGCGACGAAAAUCGGCCCUCAACGGCAGCUCCCAACAAAAAUGCAUCGUUUGAUGACGUAUUAAUCAUUCAAAAUUUCCAGUUCAUUUUUUUCCUCUCGUUGGGAGAAUCAAGAGGUCAGACCGAAGUAACGCAUAUGAUAAAGAAACAAAUCAUCGACACGAUGUAUUUUGAAGAAAAACGUGAUGUCAUGUACACUCUUUUACUAAAAAUAAUAGAGACGGAAAUAUGCCUUGUAAUACGUGACGGUCUAGAUGAAUGGGUGGCUCCUGACGGUAGUAACCUUGCUGAACCUUCUAUGGCGGGAUAUCCAAAGGACAAGUGCGCGGUUCUUACAACUUCUCGACCAUGGAAACUGGCUGAUGAGCGUAUCAAGAAUUCACAGAUCGACAUCCUCGUAGAGAUCGAGGGUAUAAGCGAUCCAUAUACAUUUAGUGAAAGAGUACUGCGGUGCAUACUUGACAAGAGCAAGGAUCUAAAGACAACCGCGAUGGAAAUUAGGAGCUUCAUACAGAAGCGUCGGCUGACCUGGUUAUCAACUUCACCGAUGCUCUACACGCUUGUUAUUUGCACGUGGGUGGACACUAUGGAGGAGGAGGAACAUUUGAACGGAUCUUCAUUGUGUGCAUUGUAUACUACUUUUCUUGAAAGCCUGUGUAAGAAUGCGAACGAUACACCUGGCUUUUUUAACGAUUUAAACCCUCCUCAUGUGAAGUGUUUUUCAAGAACAAGUUACCUUCGGCCUAUCAUUCAAAACGUAGAUGUCAUUUCAAAAGCUGCUUUUCAUAUUUUGUUUUCUCCUGAAAAGGAAAAGUCUAUUGUAUUCAACGAUCAGGAAUUGUCAAACUAUCUUACACCAUCUCAACAAGAGUUUGCUCUCAAAGCGGGACUGAUAUCAAAACGGAAAACCAAAAGAGGUUUAGCUUCGUAUAAUUCAUUUAUUCACAAAAGCAUGCAGGAAUUCCUGGCUGCUUAUCAUAUUGCCCACAAUGCACGUUUGAUUGAUGACGUCAUUUCCGGAUAUCUGGGAUGUCAUUCGGAUGCAUUUCGCGACAUAUCCCAGGUGUUCAUAUUCCUAUGUGGACUGAACGUAUCGGCUGCCAAUACGCUAUCUGGCAUUAUAAAUGAGCGUCAUAGUAAAAUAUUGGACGCACAUGGUUUUACAUACGAUACAGUUGAACGCAUUUGCCAUGUAUUUGAACACUUUGCUUUUCAAAGCAUCAUAGGGGCAGGAUACAGAGAAGCUGUAUCAAAUGACCAAACUGGCAUUCUCCCCAGACUCAGUCACUUUUAUAUCGUUGGUAACAACUUAAUGGGCAUUAACAACAUAUGGAGAGAAAACAAGUCCAAUGCCCUGUAUUUGGAAAUAAGGGUACGCGACAAAACGCAUCGUGCCAUACACAGUUCAGCUACACAUAGCGAGCCAACAUCGCAGGUUGAGUUUGACCUGUCAUCGUGCCUCAAUCUGAAAUAUUUGAUACUUCAGGGAAGCGGCAUACACAUGCAAGAUUCGUCGAGUUCGGUGUCACCGACACUUCCGGUGUGUAUUGUACUAAACAGCGCAAAUCCAGCCCAAUGUGCAUAUCCUCUACCAGUGCUGCCUUGCAUAGAAAACAUAUCAUUGGAAUUUAUUACAUGUUCGUCUACCUGGCUACGCAGUCUGUUCAGCGCAUUACUGACACUCGAGCAUAAUGCUGUGUGUAAACUGACGGGGGUCAGUUGUCAAGGUACAUAUAUUCAUUCCGCAAAAUUAUCGUUUUUGAAGAAUACAUUAGAAUACAUUAGAUAUUCUUGUUUUCAAGAGUGCGAAGAUCUAUGCGAGGUUCUCCAUGGUCUGAAUAUAAAGAGCCUUAGUCUGCAAAUAAGUAAAAUAAAUUAUGCAGACUCGAUAUCCCAGUCACUUUUAUCGCUCACUCAUCUGGACACGCUUAGUAUUAAAAUGGAUUAUUACAGUCCCCGUUUGUGGGAGGCUCUCCGUGGUCUAAAUAUCAAAAACCUGAGCCUUAUUCUGAGUGGUCAGUAUGGAUUUAUAUAUUUAAACGUACAUAUGGCUGACUCGAUGUCCCAGUCACUUUCUUCGCUCACUCAUCUGGACACGCUUAGGAUUAAAACGGAUGAUGACAGUCCCGGUCUGUGGGAGGCUCUCCGUGGUCUGAAUAUCAAGAGUCUGAGUCUGAGUCUGAGUGAUGGGUAUGACGAUUUAAACAUAAAAUAUGCAGACUCGAUGUCCCAGUCACUUUUAUCGCUCACUCAUCUGGACACGCUUAGUAUUAAAGUGGAUGAUGACAGUCCCGGUCUGUGGAAUGCUCUCCGUGGUCUGAAUAUCAAAAGUCUGAGUCUGAGUCUGAGUGGUGUGUAUGGAGGUUUAAACGUGAAGUAUGCAGACUCGAUGUCCCAGUCACUUUCAUCGCUCACUCAUCUUGAGACGCUUAGUAUUGAAGUGGAUGAUGACAGUCCCGGUUUUUGGGAGGCUCUCCGUGGUCUGAAUAUCAAGAGGCUGAGCCUUAGUCUGAGUGAUCAGUAUAGAUAUUUAAAAGUACAUAAUGCAGACUCGAUGUCCCAGCCACUUUUAUCGCUCACUCACCUAGACACGCUUAGUAUUGGCGUGCGGGAUUACAGUCCCGGUCUGUGGGAGGCUCUCCGUGGUCUGUAUAUCAAGAGCCUUAGUCUGAGUGGUGGAUAUGGAGGUUUAAACAUAAAUUGUGCAUACUCGAUGUACCGGUCACUUUCAUCGCUCACUCAUCUUGACACGCUUAGAAUUGAAGUGGAUGAUGACAGUCCCGGUCUAUGGAAGGCUCUCCAUGGUCUAAAUAUCAAGAGUCUGAUUUUGAGUGGUCGGCACGGAUAUUUGAAUGUUAAGCAUGCAGAGACGAUAGCACCGUCACUGUCAUCGCUUACACAGCUUGAAAAGCUUUCGAUAUUUUUGUGGACAUAUAUCGAUAUAAAGCUACCUCAAUUAUUGAAGUAUUUAAAUAUCUACUGCGUGACAUUGCUUCCAUCGGAAUUACACGAACUUGUGGGCAAACUGUCUGCGUGUACUCGUACAGUUGAGUGUAAGCUGGAAUUCGGUUGCGCUUCUUUCAAAGAUGUCCGUGUAAAAUUAAUUCCACCAGAGGAAUACAUUUCAAUCCAACAAGAACUUGGGACUCUGAAUCAUAUUGCCGUGAAACGAUUCCGAAUAUUACACCGGAGACGUAAAGCCAAUAUUUGUGAGUAUGAUGCCGCAUCUCCUUGGUCCGUACGUGGCAUUGGUGGUGUACAAGACGAUAAUACGGAUGAUGAUAAUGUUAACGAUGUUGCAUAUAAAAGCUUCGUUCCCGCAACCGCCGAAAUCAGCAAUGGAAUCAUUAAUCGAAUUGCAAUGCGAUUUCUGAUUACUCCAUCCUCAAACUCAUGAAUCGUCGAUAAAUGCGACUGCAACACGUGUUAUAACAAGUAAAAUUGUAUUUAUUAUGUCCCGAACAUUUUAAAUUCGAAUGAUAUAUCUCUCUUGGAUAGCAUACAUUGACAGUAGGCAUUGUCAAACAUUAAUUCAACAAGUUUAAAUAAUCUUAACAUUUUUGUGACGUGUUAUUGGUGUGUAAAUGUUAUAAAUUGAAAAUGUUUGAUGAAAUGCAUGACAAUUUUGUAAAAGUAUUUAAAGUAUACAAACACCACAAAUUCCAAUACGCCACGCAGUUUCGUUUCAUAGCCAAUAAUGGCUAUCAUGUACUGUUUUUUUCUGCAAUAUUUAUGUGCGAAGCAAAUUAUUUGUAUGCGUUGUUUCUAGUUCGCGUUAAAGCACAUAUAUAUAUAUGUAAAUCUUGUGAACAUAUUCCAGAACUGGUUAAAAAAGUUUCUAUAGCCAUGAAUAUUGCAGAAUAUCCAAUACAUUUGAUCCCUUAUUGACUAUAGAAUUCCAAACGCUUGUUGCCUUAGGUUAAAUCAUAUAAUUGCGUGUCAUGUUGAUCUUAAUGUUUGUCAUUACAGAUAACAGUAACCACAUAUUGUUGUACACACACACACAUAUAUAUACAUGUGUGUGUGUGUGUUUAUUGUUUAGAUACAACAAGAAAAAGGUGCAUAGUUUUCAUUUAGUUUCAGAUUAUUUUCAGGUACUAAAAUAAGUCUAUAAUAGUAUAUAAUUAUAUAUUGUAUUCUUGACUAGAAUACCUAUCUAUAUUUUUGUUACGCAUGUCUUAUCUUUAUAAACAUAUGUUUUGGCGGUGACCCUGAGCCAAAUAUCAGGUUUGGAUUCCUUACAAACGGAUUUGCAUUAUACGGUUUGGAAUCCUUACAACCGGGUUUGCAUUAUACGGUUUGGAUUUCUUACAAACGGAUUUGCAUUAUACGGUAUGGACUCCUUACAAACGGCUAAGCAUUAUACGGUUUGGACUCCAUACAACCGGGUGUGCAUUCAGCGUUCAGAGGCGGUGACCCCAAAUAUAUUCAUGUGUGUUUUUGCUGUGUUUUUGUGCAUCCGUACACGUCGGUUGUGUCUAUAAAUUUGAAAUAAAGCAGUUAUUUAGUUUCAACUGACAAAAAAACAAUUGUGAUGUGGUCUUGUGCUGUGUGUAGAAGUCGAAAUAAACGUAGGAAAUUCAAACUGUCGCCUUAUUCCAGUUACCCAUAUCGCAUUCGUUAUUGGUGACUUCCGAUGCAAUGCCAACAUUGUUUAUUCCGUGGUAAAAACGAACAGCCUACACACGAGAAUUUCUGUUUAUGAUUGUAAACGGUGAUUUGUUUAUAAUAUUUUCUGGAUAUAUAUGAUAUCAUUAUUAAGUUUGUUUGUAUAUAUUUCACUUGUUAAAAAAUGUUCACCAAAUAUCAACUACAAUAUAACGAUUUACGUUGGCUUAAGCGGAUACGAUAACACGCAUUCAAUAUAGAUAAAGAUUGAAAACCCAUAUAUAUGGGAAAAAAACAUUAACCUGUUGUCAAACAUUGUAAGAAACUUAAACGUGUAAGAGUGUUAUAUAUCUGGGUUUUAUUUAAAGAACGAAAAUUCAUACAUUAAUAACUAGUCUGUAUGUUAAAAAAAAUGUGAGUGUGGUUUUACAACAAAGGAAUACAAACAAAAAUUGAUUUGUUAAAAUUAGUCUGAAUACUCAUUUUAUCGUUAUUUUCACGACGCUUGGUUAUUUCUUUUUAUGUUUGAUUGUUGCCUUUGUGUCGUAUAGGAUCAUAUGUAAUUAAUAUAGAUUUUUGUAUUUUGUAUUAAUAACACCGUUGUGCACAUUUAAAACAUAUGUACCUCAACGAAUAAAGUAUUAUCUUCACAAUCAAAACAUCUGUGCCUUACUCAAAUACCGGAUAUUUAUGAAUGAGCUAUCUUCAUAUCUUAAUCUUAAAUUGUUUUUAAAGAUGUUUGUGCAUACAAUAUACAUUAAAUACAUAAUAUUACUUUCAAAAAGUGAAAUAUCACAUACAUCGAAACAAGUUGCAAUUGUUUAAACCAUAUUUCUUUAGAGAAUUAAACGAUGCAGACGAUGUCAAACACAACUUUAUUACAAACAACAUAUAAUUAGCAAUAAACACAGUAUAAACAUGUAUAUAACAUGAAAAAAAAAACAACAGCAAGUGCAGAAGUUACAAACCCUUUAUACUUGGAAGUUAAUAUAAACAUUGCACUCUCUACUGCAAUUGGUGUUUGUUUAAUUUAGAUUCUUUGCAGAAUAAUGAAAAUAGUGUAAGUAGUUUUCGCAUGUUUAUUUACAGAAGUAGAAUAUGCAGAGGAUACAAAACAGUAGAAAAACGCAUGCGAUAUGAAAAAUACGGACACAAUCAAACGCAAAGAAAUCAUCCAGCGCCGUAAAAUUAAAAUAAAAGAUUUAACUAAUUGUAUGUGUGUUUUUUUUAAUGUGGACUGUUGCACAACAAAUAUUAUAAUUAUUUAAUCACAGUGUAAGAUACUUGUAAAUUAUUUUCUAAUUUCGCUACUUUAAUCUCCGACUUCCUGUGAUAUUGCUGAUAUUUUAACACAGAUCACGGUCGCCAUAUGAGACUUGUUCUAGGAGAACUGGGCUUAACGCAUCUGCGUAGUGUCGUCACAGAUUAGCUAAUCAUGGAGACACUUUACGCAUAAAGUGUAUUUUAGGUUAGAAGAGACAUUCCAUAAAAAGAAACACGCUGUUCCUGAUUAGACCGUGCGGACUGCACAGACCAAGCUGUGAUACACUUAAUGCUCAUGCAUUUAGCCUAGUUUUCCCAGAACGAAAUUCGUAUAUGACGAGUCGUGUAGAACAGUGGUGUUAUUAAAAUGACUAAUUAAUUCGACCAUAGGUGGCCAGACUCGAAUAAUGAUGAUUCUAUUAAAAAUAGUAAUUAUAUAUGAUCACGGUUGAAUAAAAAUUGAUAUUGACCGAAAACAAA